UAAACCUGCCCUCCCAGUGAGCCAGGGGUAUUGCUCCCACUGGACAGCAUGGCCCUGAGCAUCUUCUUGGUGGGGCUACCAUCAGUAUAUGCCCUCCUGCUGUAUCUACCCACCCCAAGCCAGAGCGUGGUGGAUCCUGUCAUCCCUGACGUCCCCUUUGCUGCCAUUUGGAACGCAGGCACUGAUAUCUGCCAUACACAAUUUCAAGUCAGCAUUGACCUCGACGCCUUUCACAUCGUGGCCAACCCAGGCCAGGUCUUCAAGGGGCCAAACAUGACCAUCUUCUACAGCAAGCAGCUGGGCCUUUACCCCUCAUAUACAUCCGAGGGGCAGCCUGUUAAUGGAGGCCUGCCACAGAAUGCCAGCCUCUCUGCCCACCUGGCAAAGGCUCAUCAGGACAUCUUGGCUGCUUGGCCUAAACCGGACUUCCAGGGCCUGGCAGUCAUCGACUGGGAGUCAUGGCGCCCACUGUGGGCUCGCAAUGGGGGCUCUAAGAACAUUUACCGGGAACGCUCCCGAGAAAUGAUAAGAGAGAAGCACCCAGACUGGUAUUCUUGGUGGGUGGAAAGUAAGGCUAUAGAGCAGUUUGAGGGGGCAGCCAAGGUCUGGAUGCUGGACACCUUGAAGUUGGGAGAGUCCUUGUGGCCUGAGGGGCUCUGGGGCUACUAUGGUUUCCCAGAUUGCUACAACUAUGACUUCCUGAGCCCCAACUACACGGGCCAAUGCCCUCCAGGGAUUGAGGACCAGAAUGACCACCUGCAGUGGUUGUGGGAGGAGAGCUGUGCCCUCUACCCCAGCAUCUACCUGUCCCCAGAGCUGGCAGGCAAGGGGCGUAGCCUGCUUUAUGUUCGUUCAAGGCUUCGAGAGGCCUUCCGGGUGGCAGGUGGCACCCACAGUCCUGGCCGACACAUCCUGCCGUAUGCUCAGAUUUUUUAUGAGACCACUGAUCACUUUCUGCCUUUGGAGGACCUGGAGCAGAGCAUUGGAGAGAGUGCAGCCCAGGGAGCAGAUGGAAUUGUGCUGUGGGUCAGCUGGUGGAAUACCAACAACAAAAAAUCCUGCCAGGCUAUCAAGGACUACAUGGACACCACCCUGGGCCCCUUCCUCCUGAACGUGACCAGCAGCACCCACCUCUGUAGCCAGGCUCUGUGCUCAGGGCAUGGGCGCUGUGCCCGUUACCCAGACCACCCCCAUGCUUUCCUCUUCCUCAGCCCAUCCAGCUUCUCCAUCCAGCGCCAGCCAGCCAGUGGAUGCCUGGGGGUAGAAGGCUUCUUGACAAAGGAAGCCGGAGUCAAGAUGGCAACCCAGUUUGAGUGCCGAUGCUACUCAGGCUGGGAUGGAGAGCGAUGUGAGCACCAGGAUGGCCAUCAAGUGGUGACUGGCUCUCCCUUCCCCUAGUGUAGAAACCAGCAUCAUCCAGGUUAUCUAAAGUCAUUGACACAUGGAGUUACAAUGAUAUAGAUAUAUAUAAUCCCAGUUACAGAAUUAAUAGCCAAUCAAUCAAGUAUGUAUGGCAUGCCAGGCAUGCUAGAGGACAAAAGCAAGAGUCCCUGCUCUCCCAGAGUUUGCAAUCAGUCACACCCAGAAAUGUAGAGAGAAACAGACCAAGGUCUUCCAAGAGGUAUAGCCAAGAGGCCUUUCAAGCCUCUCCCAUAGCCCCUGUUUCAGAACUGGACACAGUGGGAAGUUCAGUAAAUACUGCAUCUGCUGAUUGAAUGAAUGAAUCCCCAUAUAAAGUUAGUUAGAACACAACCAAAUAUACCUCUGGUCAGUGCUGUGUAAAAGCAUCCAGAAAUAUUCACAUCACUUGCAACACACUCACUUAUGCACAAGCAUGCCGACGGACAUAGGGAGGCAAAGAAGGCAGAACCGGGGGCUGGGUGGUCCUUAGAGGAGGGCCGUCUCAGCGGAGGAAAGGGACUUGUUCAAGGUGAUACAGUGAGCUCCUGGA